GAUGGCAGCCCUGCAGAGCGGCCCCGGCAGAUCUGCCCGUACAUAAUUAUCACCUGCCAGUACAGGGAGCCGAAGGAAAUGCCCGUCUUAGCUUUAGAGAGCCUACCAGAACGUAAUCACAAAGCAUUGUACUGCCCGUGGAGGGGCCAGCUCUCCAUCCGGGGCCAGCUUUUGUGCAACAUCGCCCUGAGGACCCCAUACAGCUCCACGAUUCCAGCCCAGCUGCCUCCCAACCUGGACAUUAAGCAUGUCAUGGGUUUGUCCGACUUGAAGAAAAAGCUACCAGAAGCUGCAUUUGGGAAAAAAAAUUACAUUGAGAAUGAAGUCUGCUUUCAGGGUGUUUACUUCAGUCUGUAUGAAGUAGAAAUAUCCAAUAAGGAUCAAAAUAAAAUGGAUCAGUUAGUAGAAAAUCUAAAGGAAAAGGACUUGGCAAUCAUCAAGUAUUUGCAAGAUCAAGGAGUCCUUAUCCUCCUCACGUCCUUUGCCUUGGCACGAGAUGAUGGGUUUGACCCCAAGGAGCCCGUCAGCCUCCUGGCCCUGUUUCUGUUCACCUCAUCCCGGUCGGUGUGCCUGAGAGGUAGGGAGGUUCCCUUUGCUGGCUUCAAACACUGUGUUUUGGGUGUGGGAUCCUCACCAGAGGCUCCUCACAGACACGUUCCUCUUGAAGAGCUGAUUUCUCUGCUCAGAACCACCUACAGCUUUAGCACAAAGGCUGGAAAGCACAAUCCGAAAGACGAAAGGGAAGAUAGUGACACCUCAUUAAAAAUAGCCUCAGUUUUGCCUGGACUUCGCUAUGCCUUACAGAAAGCCACCAGUUCUUCACGGGGGGACACAGUCAAUGCCAGCGUACGGAUCAAACAGCACUUCCAGGAAUACACAAAGCUUCAUGAAAACACACAGCCCACCUCUGGCCAAAACAGCGAAGUUCCUCUUUCUUCUCUCCUCUCCCCAACCAAGGACGAAUGUGCUAAUCCCUUCAAAAAACACUCGGAGCAGUCCUUCUCCCAGCUGCAGCAUUAUCUCUCCGAUCCCAGCAGCUAUACUCUGGAAAUGUCAGCUGCUUUGGGAUGUUUGACUGGUGCUGCUCAGUCUCUUUGCUGUGAUUCAGAGGCCAGUCGUAAAGUGGAUUUCUCUUCAGCGUUGCCACCGGACCCUAUUCCUCCCAAAACAGCAACGGAAAUAAAAAUCAAAAGUAAAAACCCAAAGCCCACUGUGGGGCUGGACAAAAGUGGUGAAGGGUCCCCAAAAGACGUCAACUCAGACAGCAAGCUAUGGGUGCAGCAGAGCAGGAGGAGAUCCAGCCGAGCCAUUGUGGUCAACGCCAGGAAGAAAUGGUCACCCCUCAAGAUGCAAAUGCAUCCCGUGGAGGACAGCGGCAGGAACAGGAAAGCAACAGAGAAGAAGAAAAUCAACAUCACGUUGCCUUUACCUAAAAAACCAGGGCUCACGGCCAGUUCCAACGAGCCUAUGCUGAAGUUAGCCAAUUUGCAGUUUCCACACAGAAGGAAAAGAGGUGCGGAGGUCCUGUCUGCAGAAUUUGUGCACAAAACACAGUCUGAACCUGUUCAGGAGGAAACCUCAGCUCCCGACGAUCCUGGCUUGGAAACAAAGAGACCAAAGACACUGAAGAAGCCAGCCGUGAAAAAGGUUGCUGAGACCGUCACGAAGCCAGUGAAAAAUAAGAUGUUAAAAAGUGUGGCGAACAGCCCGUCGAAACCUCAAGCCAAAAAGCAAGCAGAAAGCGAGCGGAAGGAGACAUUCUCUGUCCUCCUGAGCGAAGUUUCCUCCCAACACCACGGAGCGGAUAGCCAGACGAGUGAGAGUUCCCCAGGCGGCGUUGCUGAUCUCGGUUUCGAUCUGAAAGCAAACGACUACGAGUCCCACGCCUUGAACUUGCUGGCUGAUCUGGCGCUGGGUUCUUGUAUUCCUUCGUGUAUCCCCAGGGACAGCGGGACAAUCCCUGUGUCCUGCAGCCCCUCCGGCGAUUCUAAAAAGGAGCAGCAGAGUCAUCCCAAGCAGAAAUCCUUGCGUGUUGCUUCCGACCAUGAGUACCACAGGGUAGACAAGUUUGCAAAGGGAGCCGCCUCUCCUAGCAAAGCGUCGCCGAACCACAAGCUUCCUCCUGAUGAAAAAAUAGACUUAAAUGACUCUGAGAAUAAACCUGGGAUUUUCAGCAAGAACAGCAUGAGCCCCAGCCCUGCAAAACCCCACGCGUUGCCUCCAAGAGAGACUCAAGAAGCUGCUGAUGUGAACAAGCAUUCCUUCAUCUCCAUCGAGCACUCGUACGCCUCACUGAUGCCUGAGCACUCAAAGAAACACAUCACCCUCCAGAAAUGGGAAUUUUUUUUGGGACCCCUGGUUGGGAAAGUUUUGCCUUUCCGCCACCAGCAGAACAGCACCCACCACCAGCGGCCCUUCGAGGCCAUGUCGACAAGGCGCAGGAGCAGCCAGCUCCCCCCUAGGCUGAAGGAGAACUUCGCCAAGUCCCACACGGUGAAUAUCUGCAGCGAGUCCUUGAAGGUGACGUGCCAUUGGGAGGGAGAGUAUCUCUUCAAUUUGGACAGCAGGUAUACCAAUGAUGCCCUGGAGAAAACUGUCAUCCGCGCCCUGCAUGGGCCCUGGGACCCUGAUCUGCCCGACGACGUGGAAGAGAUGAAGCUGAUUCUUCAUAUGUGGGUGGCUCUUUUCUACAGCAAACCCAACAAACUCCUGAGCAACACGAGGAAGGUGGUGGAGCACAGCAACCCCGAGAAGUACGUCUCGAUAAGCAGCAUUGGGGACUUUCUUGAGCUGAGCGAUGACAGUGAGGACGGUUUUGAGCUGGAGACGUGUCCUGAAGACUCUCGGUCAGACCCUGACCAUGACCAGACUCCCAGCAGCUCUCUGGAUCGCAGCACACAUUGCGAGGGAUCUUUCCACCCAGAGGAGAGCUCUGCAGACUCUCGGACUGAUGCUGAUGAGGCUCCUGGUGUUGUCAAUAGUACGGUAUCGUCUUCUUCAGGGGAGCUGCCCUGUGGGGAGGAGGAGCCUUCCUCCACGAGCUGUCCCGAGAGCCUUUCCCUUGCUGAACACGCCGACAAGAGCCUGGCUGUGAAAGAAAGGCAGCCAGACGUCAUUCCUGAGGAGCGCGUGCGUGACAUCUCGACCACCCCUGCGGAGGAGCUGCCCAAGGAGGGACUGACAGAUGCUGCGAUUGCUCCCAGCCCUUCCCAUGAGCUCAGUGAUGCCGGCAAGCCCCCAGCUGCGCUGAGCAGGGAAGAUUUAUCCAGCCAAGCCCCGAAUUCCAGUGCAGCACCCUGGAGUGAUGCGCCAAGCGUGCUGCGUGGACGUGGAGAGCAGCAGGAGCGGGCAGCAGGGUCAGUGGGUGGCCCCAGCGCUCCUGAGGAACGGGAAAAUGUGGGAGAUGCUGGGAACUGUCCGGAGGUCGAGGAUGGCAGCUGGGCCAUGAGCGAUGGACUGCGACGUGCUUGUGAUUCGAUGCCCUUAGAAGCGAGUCCCAAAAGCGCAAAGCCCGAUGGAGCCAGUGGGAAAGGGAGGGAAUCACAAGACAGCUUUGGAAAUCCAGAAAAAGAGGAGGAAGAGCCAAACAGCACCCCAGGCAGCUUGGGAUCAGCUGGAGAGACGCUUGGGGAUGGUUUGGAGCAGAAAGACGAGGAUCGUGCGCCCUCUGCAGAAAUGUGGGCGCCUGCUGGGAGCAAAGCUGGCGGCACGGCACUAACCUCGUCCCCUGGCUCCAGUUCCGUCUGCCUGGUGUCUCUUGAUGGAGGAACAGAUCCUGGGGCUGCUGCAGAGGAGCAGGAGGCCACGGCGAGCAUCCGAUCUCCAUCACAGAGUGAGCUGGGAGGGAGCAGCUGCCUUUCCCAAAGGUGUGGAGGUGACAUUUAUGGUGACCUCACCUCACCGAGCGCUGGUGAAUCAAACCAAGAAGAGAAGAAGGUUUUGGUGGAAGAAGAGCGUAGCAGCCCUCCUGCCAACCGCACAGAUGUGCUGGAUGAGUCCUUGGGAGCAGGGGAUGGCUUCACCUUCGACUCUCCAGCCUCAGCAGGUGACUCUGAAGCUGGGGAGAGUGACAAUGCGUGCCUCAGUGUAGAUAAGUCCCCCGAGGGUGACGAAACAAACGCAACGAUGGUGGCUGACGUACCAGAAGAACCAGAGACCUCUCGUCGUGACCUGCUGGAAUCAGAACCUUCCUCCUUGGUGACAGAGGGGAUGUCUGCCAUGAAGGAGCAUUCCAAGCAGCAGCAGAGCUCCCCAAAAAGCUUCUCCCUGCCUGCCUGCGCAGGCUCGGCUCCUGCUUCUCCCCAAAAACAGGACCCCCUCCCCCACGACCGAGACGCAGAGCCUCACCACCACUUGUUAGAGCAAAGCAAGCGGCAGACAGCCCCGUGCCAACCCGGGAAGCCCUGUGAGCAGGGAGGUGCUGCAGAGGUAAGCGUGGCUGCCGAGAGCCCAGAGAACUCCUUAGAGCCCAGAUGUGCAGAAGAGGUGAAAAAAGACGCGGAUUUGUGCCGUGCAGAGCCAGCAGAGAGCUCCCCGGCAGAUGUGCUUGUACCAGGUGACCGGGGAUCGACGCCUCCUUCUCCUCUGCAUGAUCACAAGGCAGGUCUGCGCGGUGCUGAGCCGGACUCGGGGGUCAGUGUGCACCCCGAGAUGCUUUCUCCUGGCACGAGUCCAUCUCCGGAUGGUGCCCCGUGGUCUUGCUGCCCGAGGUGUGCCAGCCCUGGGGACCAAGCAGCAGACGUGGCAGGGAGCCAGGAGAAGCAACCCAUCCUGCCUGAGGAUUUGGAAGGAGGAAGCAGUGUUCCUUCCACCAGUCCUGCAUCUUUUUCAGCAGGGGAGUUGCUCGAGCCACGCUGCGAGCCCCAAACUGUGUGCAACCAUGGAGAGCACGAGGCUGAGGGAUCCGACGCGUUUGCUGAUCUGCACCGUGCCAGUGUGGAGGUGGAAGAGGGAGAAAUCCCCGCUCUCUGCUCUCCGAUGUUGCCAUUACACGUGUGCAGGAGAAUCUCUGGGGAAAGCCUGGAGCUUAGUGACGCUGAGGAUACUUCGGGUGGGCUCCCGAGGGCAAAGCAGCUCCCCAGCAAAGACAGACACACGGGCCUGAGCUUUGAAGGUCUGUUUGAGACUUUCUCCAGUGACUCAGACCAGGAAUAUUUUGGGGGGACUUCACGAUCCUGGCUUACAGCCAAGGAUUCCUACAGCAUGAGAUCCGUGGAUGCUGCAGGCACAAGGACUAGCUGCGAUUCCUCCUCCGGGAGCUCAGGGCACACAGAGGGGUGCAGCGAGGACUGGGGUUCGCUGGGCGCGGAGCGGGGCUGCUCGUGGGCUGAGCGCAGCUGGCCGAUCGGCCUGGGGGAAACCAGCAGCAGGCAUGUUCCACCCUACGUCAAUAUUCGGAACAGCCAAGGGGUCAUCAAGGACUACCAGAACUUCCUGGUCACCAAAAAAUUCCAGGAAAGGAUGGGAAAAUCGCCACCUUCAAAGAGACGCGGCCGCUGGGUGGGCCAGUCUCAUUUGUUAAGGUCGAUGAUAGGGACUUGGAAGGGUUUGGAGGAAAUCACCCAGCACACUUUGGACAUGGAGCGUCUGCGUUUCCAUUAUAAGCUAAAACAAAUCCUAAAGAGUGGGAAACCACCCUUUUCUACCUCCAAAAGCAUCUUCCCAAAAGACUUUUCCCCCCAGGUGAUGUCUGAGACAUUACCUGUGCAAGAAGCUCCCAUCCCACUCUCCCCACGCAGCAGGAGCCCUUUGCAGGUGACAAUCCUGCCCUCGGACACGUGGUCGAGCGGGCUUGGCUGUCACAGCUGCCGUGGGGACCCGUGCACCCCGUGGCAGGACACUCGCUACAACGAGAGGAGCAGGGCCAGAUCCCGAACUGCAAACCAAGGCCACGCGGCUCCCUUCCACCUCAGCAAGCUCAAAUACGAGAAUAAGCUAAAGGACACGCGAGGGGACAUCGCCGUCAUCCUCGACGAGUACGCCGAGUUCAACAGGGCGAUGAAGACGCCUGCUUUUGAGGAGAUGAUUGCGGACCUGUGCAGCACGCUGCGUUUCCACCUGCGCAGCGUGGCCAAGGAGGCCUGUGGCCGCUCCGACAUGUUCUACCUCCUGGAGACGGGCGAGGACCCUUUCUUUGCGAGAGUGAAGACCUUGCUGAGGAAGGACGGCCACGUGGAGAUCGAACCUUCGAGCUUCUGCAAAGCAAAACACCCAGACACCGACAGACUGCUCGUCGUCAUCAGGAAUGAGGACAUUUCUUCGCACAUCCACAACGUCCCGUGCUUGCUGAAGCUAAAGCACUGUCCCAACGUGGUGUUCGCCGGAGUGGACAGCCCCGAAGAUUUGACACGUCACACUUACCAGGAGCUGUUUCAGACCGGUGGCUUCGUGGUGUUGGACGCCGAGGUGUUGGAAACGGUGACGCUGGGCCAACUGAAGGAGGUGGUGAAGGUGCUGGAGAAGCUGAACAGAAGCGGGAGGUGGAAGUGGCUCCUUCACUACAACGAGAGCAAGAAGCUCAGAGAAGGCGGCAG